UAGAUUCAGGUUGAAAAAAGGGGAGACAUGAAGAAGGUAUGAGUUACGGUACACUUGCAAUUGGGGUAGUAUCAGUAUCAGUAUCAGUAUCAAAAAAUCCCUGUGGUAAAUUCACAGUGAAAACGUGGAUGCAGUGGAAGCUGAAAGAGAAGAGAAGAGAAGAGAUACAAAGGAAAUCAAGACAGAUUCGCUCACUCAAGGUGUUAACAUGGGAGUAUUCCAGGAGCAACGAACGGCCAAAGGGGAAACCUGAACACCGGGUCCUGGCCGGCAAGCUGAAAACUAUGGUCUUUAGGAUGCAUGGCGGCGGCCUGAGGGCUAAGGAGACAAAGUGACUCCUGGUUUUGUGGGAACUGAAAUCGUUGCUCAAAGUGAAUAGAAGUAAGGGCUUGAAGGGUUGGAA